AUGUCUGAUGAGCCACACGAUUCCCCUGGUCGAACAGACUACAUUACCCAGAAUCCCCAGCUCAUAACAGACGUGCUCAGCGGCACAUGCGUUAUCAUGGCGGCCACAGCGAAAAACAUGGCUGGUGUUUCCGAUGAUUCCAGCAGUAGUGAUGAUGAUGAAGUGAUGAAACGAUGUAAAGAGGCGGUCUGGGAGACACGAAGUGACACAAAGAAAGAUGGGGAGAUUAAGGUGCAACAGUCAAAGCGUUUUGUUGUGGCUGACCACGAACACGACGGCAACGAGCUCCAGGUCAGCGAGGGGUUUCGGACACACGUUGCUACUAAGCUGGGGCAUCUUCUUGAGGGUUCCAUUGCAGAAAUGUAUACUGAAAAUGCAUCCUGUGUGGAACCCAAAAUAUGUGAUGAUGAUGAUGCAGAAGGAUUUCGUCUGUUUUCUACGUCCGUACCGGGACAGGCAGCCGAUGAUCCUCCGGCCCCUGUGAGGCGUCGUCGCGUUCCCAGCUCAAGUGACAGCGACAGUGAGAUGGAAACGAGGCUGAGGGAGGCAGCGGUGUCUGUCAAAGAUCUCGUAUCCCAAUCAGCACUGCUCGCUACGACCUUCACUCCCUCAGCAGAACCUCCCGGCUCAGAGAAAAAGAGGAAAGUGGCAGAGGAAGAGGAAGAGGAGAGCCAUGUUGGUGUAGUGAAGAAGAAGAAGCGGAAGAAAAAGAGAAAGCCGACUCAAGAAGGGAACGAGCAGGUGGACUUAGCAAGUCCUCCUCACAGUGCGCAAAGGAACGGAGAGCAGGAGGACACACGGGUCAAAGUCAAACGGAAAAAGAAAAAGAAGCAAAGAGAAAUACACACAGACGAACUGAACUAAUGACGAAUCUCUUGCUGUUUUGGGAUGUUAGUUUGUAACCCAGUCUGUGAAGCUUGAAGAUAUAUUCCCCCCCGCAAAAAAAAAAUGGAUUCAUGUCUUAUGAAUCUGUGUGUACAUGACCGCAAUAGUGUGUCUUUUCAAGAAACCCUU